AUGGGGACACAAAAAGUUUUGGCGGAAAAUUUAGCCGAAAAUGAAUCUCGUGAUUUGUCUCCCUGCCAAAUUGUUUCGAUGCAUUCUUCAAGUAGUAGUGCUGGAUUUGCCGCUGACUUUUUAACUCCACAUCCAGGAAGUCUAUCACAUCCAUUAACUUCCCCAAAUUUGAUUAAAACAAGUCAACAGGCUGCUGAAUUGGAAGAAAUCAAUUUACUUUUAAGGACACUUGAAUGGCUAGAUGAUCAUUGGAAGCAACCUACAGUCAGUUUUGCUUCACGAAUUCCAGAAGCAUUUCCUCUAUCUGAUGCAAUUUCUCUAUUAUCUCCAAUGAACACUUUGCGUUCAUCACUUCACAUACUUUUUGAAUAUUCUCACAAAAGAAAAUCUGAUAUUGAAGAACAAAGUCAUACUCAAGAUUUUCAGGCUUUUCUUGCUCGAAAUAAAUAUUUGGCUAAAAACAAUGAAAUUUAUUUAUUAACAAAUCACCGCAUUGGUACCUUAAAUUUAUGGCGGAUACAAAUAGAAAAUACUCCAAAUGAAACUGUCAUCCAACACCAAAAUAUUCCAAUUGCUGCUUCUGUUACAAACGUUGUACAUGGAUAUCGGAUAUGCAAACCUUCCAAUGAACCAACAAAUUUGGAAAUUCAUAAAAGUGAAGGACUUUUCGAUGCUGCUUGUCUUUCUACUCCUCUCCUUCCUCAAUAUCAUCCAACUCAACUUGUUGGAAUGCUUAAUGCUGGAAAGAUACAAAGAGUCCGUGCUAUACUUUUGAAUGUUUUACACGCAUUACGAGCAAAUAAACAGGUCCGUAAACUGUCUUCAGUUCGUCGGUAUUCUUUCGGUCGCCAAUCUUCUGUAGUAAAGCGACAAACUAUUGAUUAUGAUUUUGAUCCGGAUGUCAAACAGAGACGAAAUAGUAUUUCUGCUCGAUCUUCUUUCAACAAUAACGUCAUGGAACAAAAUCAAGUUGAUUCAAUUCCUUCUCUUCCUUUGUAUGCUUUGUUGUUAGCUGAUGAAGUUUCAGAAAAUGUGACAAAUUCUCAACAAAGCCAACUUGUUACAAGAAGUUCUUUCGAUAAAAAGGAGGAAACAAAUGUUUAUGAUUCACUUUUCGCUCGAAGCAUUACUGAAGAAGAAAACUUUAAAUUUGAUGAGGACGAUUUUGAUGAUCAAUCAGACGAUGAAAGGAAAAAUUCAGUCAGUCGUAGCCGAAAAUUUUCUAUCGGAAGUUUAAAUGAGGCUAGCUUUUUGGUUUUAACAAAUCCAGGUUCUCCACCUGCCGCCAAAUUUACUGCUAAUCACGCAAGAUACUUGACUGAUAUUCUUACUCACACUCAUUUACAUGGUCUAUCCAACACAGAUCAAAUGCAUUUAUUAGCUGUAGCGGAUACGAUAAGUCAUUUUUCCAGUUCGGCAGUUGACAGAUUGGCACAUGCAAACGUUAUGUUUGAACAAGAAUCGUCAGCUAAUGAUAAGAACGAACAAACCAGUUUUGCUUACACUACUGGAAUGGAAACUGUAGACGAAUGUGGUUUGAGGUUUUUAAUGGCUAAAAAGCAGUAUGAAUAUUUACUUCGUUGUUUACCGCUUAAGCAAAGAAAACAGCUGAAAACAAAUGGAAUUUCUUCUGCAUAUGUAAUUUGGGCAUUCCAUUCUGAUACUGAAGCUGAAUUGCUUAGUUCAAUUCCUUGUGUUCAACGUCAACAAGAAAACUGGGAUGAAAUGCGUUCUUAUGGUGUUGCUUGGUGGUUGAGGAACGUUGCCUCACUUCGAACUUGUAUUGAAAGAGUUGCGAAGAAUAUCUUUCAAAAAGAUCAAAAUCCUUUGGAUGCUGCUUUAUUUUAUUUGGCCAUGAGGAAAAAGAAUGUCUUGACACAACUCUUUAAGACUGUUAAUGACACACGAAUGUAUGAAUUCUUUAGGGAAGAUUUUACUCAAGAAAAAUGGAAGAAGGCUUCGCUUAAAAAUGCUUUUAUUUUAAUGAGCAAACAACGCUUCCAUCAUGCCGCAGCAUUUUUCCUCUUGGCAGGGUCAAUUAAAGAUGCUCUUCAGAUAAUCUUGGCUAGAAUUCACGAUUUACAGUUAGCUAUAGUAAUUUUGCGUUUAUAUGAAGUUGAAGCUGAAGCACAAUUUGAACUUCUUUCAGAACUUCUUUGUAAAGAGGUACUUGGAUGUGAAGUAGAACACUUUAGACAAUUGAUAAAAAAUUAUGAGAGUAAGAAAACUGUUGAACCAAUUACUUUUCCAAAUGCAAGAGGGUUUCAUUUAACGUGUUUUAUUUUAUAUAUUUUUAUUUUUAGAGAUCCUUUUGAGCGGUCAAUGUCUCUUUGGAUAAUGAAUGAAUAUGUCUUUUCUGUUGAAACAUUUCUUGAGGAGGCAAAUGAUCCUAAGAGGAUUAAAGAUCGUGAAAUAAAAAUGGAAAGGACUAAUAGCGAUGAUACUUUGAGACAUUUUGAACCAUCAUUCCCGGAUAUAUUCAAUUUUUAUUCAUUUUUGAGGAGACAUCCACUAGUGAUUCGCCAAAAAUUAACACGUGCCGGUAUUGCAAUGACUACAACAGAACAUUUUCUUACAUGGACGCGCAGAAUUGGUUCUAGGCUUAGCGAUAGUGAAAAACGUCUUUAUUUGAGAACGGCAAAUGCUCAUCUAGAUUCUGGUUGUCCGCUUUUAUCGCUUGAUGUCCUUACUUCUUUGCCUAAACAAUUUGGGCAAGAGGCGGAAUUAGAAGUAAUACUGCCUGAUGUGAAUAAACCCUCUCUUGAUGAACAGAUUGAUUGGUCUAUGCCUGUUUCAUCUAAAUUAAAUCAGGAAGAACCAUUUACUUCAACUAACAAUAAGCCUGAAAUUAAUGGAAAUUCACUUUCGAAAGAUUUAAUUACAAAACAUGAAUUAUCAACUUUAGAUUGUUCAUCUGAAUUACAAGAUUUGAAAUUAUUUUCGACGUUGAGUAUAAUGACUGAUGAACUAACAACAUUAGCCAAUGGAGAUUAUGAAAUUCCUGGAGGUCAACUUCGUUUAAAGCUUUAUUGUUGGUUGGAAAGGGAAUGUGAAGUUCUUAAAAAUAUUUGCUAUUCGCAAGAAGAUGAUUUUGAAGAUGAAGUGAACGAAGAUGAGGAAAACAGCCAAUGUUCAUCAAAUAUUAUAAAUGAUGAAGAGCCGACAAGUUCGAUUAUUAGAGGAGCAGAGGAAGAAUUACCGCCUCUUCAUGAGGCAUUAGAACAAGACAGAAUCGAAUUAAAAGAACGUAAAUCAAAAGCAUUGAAACGAAGACUAUGGUUAAAAAGACACCAAAAAAUUUUACAUUCUUUGGCUGCAUAUUGUGCCUUACACGGUAGCAGAAAUAUUCGUCUUAUUGCGGUACAAAUGGAAUUGCUUUUGCUUUUAAUGGAAGCUCAAAGAGAUAAGGAAGUAUCAGAUAUUAGAACUUUUCCUUUACUUGCUGCAUCACUUUCACCCAACGUUAACUCACCCAUUUCUCCACUUCGUUUCAUGUCUGAACAAUGCGCUUCGUUGCUCUCUGCAAUAAAUCAGUUUGAUAAAAUUCCUCAAAUUGAUACUGAUGUUUCUAAAGUAUUUAUUGCUUCUUUAAAUUUUUUAAACUUUUUUAAGGUUAUGAAACUAUUUUCACUUUGCCAAGGACUUUCAUUUUGUGUCUACCAGUCUCUUUCAAAUAUUGAAUUAUUUAAUCAAUUUCGACUAUCUCCUCAAACGUUUUCUGGUCCACUAACACAACCUAUUCGACGAACUAGUGUUUCAGUUACUGCAACUGAUGAAUUAGAUGUUCGUAGUCAACCACAACAUUGGCCUGGCGUUGAUAGUUUAAUUAAACUUUUAAAUCGAGAAAGUUUGCUGGACAACACUCCUCCAAAUUUACGUCUUCUACUUGUUGAAUUCUUUUCAACGAUUUUUCUUUCAACAUUCCUUUAUGCUUUCACUUUUUACGACUCUAGACUACUUUAUCGUUUGGCCGCGCAUCCUAUUGGUAAUCAAAUGUUUGGAGAGAUUUUUGGUGGUGGUGGAGAACAUAAACUAAAAAGUGCCAUUCCAGUACGUCCACCACCCCCAAGAAUUGGUGAAAGAACUGAAAGUAAUUCUCAACUUCAACAACAAAAUUCUAAUCAAGUUGAGGAAAUAGCUUUAAUGAGAGCAAAAUUACAUGCUAAAGUAUUUGCUCCCUCAUCUAAAGCUAUAAUUAACCAGAAGUUACCCUCCAAAACUCAUCAAGGUGCUUCAGAACAAAUUAUUCAAUGUUGGAUUCCCCCAAGAAAACACAUUUUACAAUAUUUUACAGAUAAAGUAUUAAGUAGCCAAAUAGGAACAGUUGCAGAUGCUAUUUUUGAUGAUUAUGAUUCUGACCAAGAAUCAAAUGAAGAAAAGGAAGUAGAUGAAACUACAACUGACUAUUUUAAAUUCCAAAGUGAUUUGGAUGAAUUGUCUUUAAAUAAAGAAAGAAUAUAUCCACAUUGUUGUCAUGAAAGUUAUGCAUGGCAAUUAAUUCGUUUAGCACUUUUAAGGCUUAUAAUUUCUAAAAUUGAAUGUUUUGUCGAGCUUGCUGGUUUUGAUUUGAGAGAAGUUGCUAGAAGAUUUCCAAAAUUAGAACAGUCGAUUACAUGUCUUAAUUUAUGGGCUGCACAAAUUGAAGCAAAGCUUGGAACAGAUUUAACUGAAUGUCCUCCUGAUUUUUUGCCAAAUAUGCAUGUUCAAGAACUUUCUGACGGUGAACAACAUCAGAAUCACGGGAAAACUGUUGCUGCAACACCAACACUAAAUAAAUACCACAAUUUAUUGUUAGAACAUGGAAACACUCCAUUUGAAUAUGAUGAAACUGGUGUAAAGCCUGUUAGACGUUUAUGGAUUCAACUUGUUCAUCAAGAGAGUUUAAUGCCUCUUUUUGUCCGUUUUAUUUUUGGGAAAGAAAAAACAAAAUCUCUAAGUUCGUUUACUGAUGGAAGCGUCGAAAGUCGUUGUGGACGUCAAGCAGCCCCUAAAAAUAUUAUCUCACAAUUUCUUAAAAUAUUGAAUUGA